UUUUUAAUUCUUUAUUUUUUCCAUCCGUGCUUCUUAUGGCUUGUAGAGGAGCUUUUACAUGUUACUUUGUUCGUGGAGCCUAUCGCCGACAAGUACACGACUUGUCACUGAUAAAUAAUCAGAAACGUUUGUGCGCAACUGCUAAUUCUAGUCUAUCGCGACGAGUGGCUGUUGCCCUGUUGUCAUUUUAUUAACUUGUAUAGGUACUAGUCUGAGAAGCGACAUAAAUUAGAAUUGGAUUAUAUUUUACCUGACACCUAUCGGCCUAUUAUUUCUCAUUUUCCGGCUCUACAAAUGCGAUCCAAAUCAUUCCUGCUCUCAUAAUAACCUUGUUUGUUCGACUCGGCUAUGUAGUCUUUGAACCAAACUUAUCUAAAUUACUCCACGUCUAAAAAAAAAAAAAAAGUUCUUCGUAAAACCAAUCCCAACAGUCUUUUAAAUAUCGGAAUCACUCUAACACUCACCUAAAACUCGUAACGCGAUAAUAAUAAUUACUGUUCUUGUUUGUAGUAAUAAAUUUUGAAAACCAACAUCGCAAUUUUCGUUCAUGCUUAUAUACAUUUUACAUUACUUUAAAUAUUAAUUUUGGUUAGGCAAGAGAUCAAGCGAAUUGAUAACGUCCGAAUAAUAAACAGCUACAAAAUUAAAUAGAUAUUUAGUUAUUAAUAAUACAUAAUAAUUUAGUGAUUAGUUAGUUUUGGACGAGGUUGUAGGUUGCCGAAGUGCAUUCUUUUUCUCGGUGUUAUUUGUAGAUAAGUGAAGUUUUCGUUCGAAAAAAUGAGUGAUCUUUUGGAUUUAUUUUAUCGUGCCCAGUUUCUUCUAGGCCGGAAAUCAGAUGAAUUCACUAUGUACCUCAACAAGGGCGAGGAGGACGAGAUGCAGUUCGUCUGCUACAAGAAAUGCAAAAUCAAGACGCUGGUGACUUAUUUGUUUUUCUUCCUGACUGCGGGCAUACUGAGAUUGCUGUUCCAUUGGAUUCCGCACUUGUAUUUGCUGGCCACUUGCAACAAGUGCAAAAUCGAGGAAGCCGAGAAAAUUUUAAUCACGGAAAUAUUUAAUAAAAAACAUAAAAUUUACCAUGUACGCCCUCUGCAAGUCCUCACCCCCGAAAGUGUGGCCAAAAUGAAGCUCGAAGACAGUUUGCUGAACCACCACCAAUUUGCCGAAACUGACAUUCCUUCCACUUUAUCUGUGCACUUCGAAAACGGCAUAUUCAGAGAUCUAGAUAGAUUGAUAAUGUUUAGCUGUAAAAAAGUAACCUACGUUUGGGACAAAGAAAAGCCAGAAUUCAUCAAACUAUCUGGUUUAGAAAAAGACGUACCCAGUGAAACUUUCCACAAGUAUAAAGGGUUGACUUUUAGUGAACAAUUCAUGAGGUUGAAGGUAUACGGAUCAAACCUGAUCGAUAUCAAGCAGCAAUCAGUGAUUACUUUGGUGUGUUUGGAAGUGCUGAAUCCGUUUUAUAUUUUUCAAAUUUUGAGUUUUACCCUUUGGAUCAUCGAUGAUUAUUAUUACUACGCAGCUACAAUCAUCGCUAUGACUACGUUCGGUGUGAUAAUGUCCGUUGUUCAAACCAGAAAGAAUCAAAAAAAUCUCAAAUCGACUAUACACAGCAGCGACGUUUGUACCGUACUCAGAAGAACACCAAAAAAAUAUAUGGACGAUGAUAUUCAAGAUGAUCAGUACAAAUCCGAAACUAUCUCGACUGAACUUCUGGUUCCCGGUGACAUUAUGGAAAUACCGUCACACGGGUGUAUAAUGCAUUGCGAUGCGGUACUGCUAAACGGAAAUUGCAUUUUAAAUGAAUCUAUGUUGACAGGCGAAUCGGUCCCAGUAACCAAAACGGCUUUACCAAACAUACCAAAUACCCCUUAUGAUCCGAAGGAGCACGCUAGGCACACCCUAUUUUGCGGAACUCACGUGAUCCAGACCAGAUAUUUUGGAAACGAAAAGGUUUUGGCCAUUGUCGUUAGAACGGGAUUCUCGACGUCAAAAGGCAGUUUAGUGAGAAGCAUCUUGUAUCCACCACCAGUUGAUUUUCGAUUUGAGAAAGAUUCGUACAAAUUUGUAGCCUUUUUAGGAAUAAUCGCGAGUUUUGGUUUCAUGUACACCGUGGUAACAAAAGCUCUCAAAGGAGUGAGCGCCAGCGAACUGAUCAUAGAAGCCUUAGAUCUCGUUACCAUCACCGUUCCUCCAGCUCUGCCGGCCGCCAUGACAGUCGGUCGGUUCUACGCGCAAAUCAGAUUGAAAAAUAACAAAAUUUUUUGUAUAUCGCCGAGAAGCAUCAACGUUUCUGGAUCCGUGGACUGUGUUUGCUUCGAUAAGACUGGAACUCUUACUGAAGACGGUCUGGAUCUCCUGUGCGUGGUUCCAAUAGAAACUAAAAACUUUAAACAGCCUGUUACGAACGUUGAAACUCUACCAUAUGACAUUUUGCUGUACGGUUUAGUGUCCUGUCAUUCUCUUACGAUUAUAGAGAAGCAGAUAGUUGGAGAUCCGCUAGAUUUGAAGAUGUUCGAAAGUACAAAGUGGGUAAUGGAGGAACCGGAAGUCGACGACAAUAGUAAAUUCAAUAUGAUUUUUCCUACCGUCCUAAAACCACCUAAAAAUCGCCCGAACAUUCAACAGAACGCCACAGAUGAUCUCCAGAUAGGUAUAAUUAGGGAAUUUCCCUUUUCUAGUAGUUCCCAGAGGAUGGGGGUGAUCAUGAGGCGCUUGGAUGGUAGCCAUUUUGAGUACUAUUGCAAGGGUUCUCCAGAAAUGAUUUUGAAAUUCGUCAGACCAGAAUCGGUACCUCAAGAUUUCGAUGAUGUUCUCGAAACUUACACCCAAGAAGGUUACAGAGUAAUAGCCUUGGCUCACAAGGAAUUGAAAUUGUCUUACGCCAAAGUCCAAAAAGUGCAGAGAGACGUUAUCGAAAAGGAUUUGGAUUUGCUGGGACUGAUUGUGUUGGAAAAUCGAUUGAAGCCUGACACUACGCCGUGCAUACAGGCUCUAAAUGAUGCCAACAUUCGGGUGAUUAUGGUUACAGGUGACAACAUUUUGACGGCUCUGAGCGUGGCCAAAGACUGUGAUAUCGUCACGCCCGGCCAGAGCGUCAUCACCGUCAACUGCGAUAACUCGCACCCACCAAAUAUCUUCUACAACCUCACCAACACCAAAAACAAAAAUCUACCGACGGAUCUGAGUUGUCUGACCAAUUCCGCCAGCAUAAUGAGUUUGGAAACGGUCGAAAGCCAGGUGCAAACGAUCACGAAUAGCACUGUAGUAGCCGUUUCGCAUUCUAAGAGACCUAGCAUGUUGCUGAACAAUUAUAGAUUCGCUAUGACUGGAAAGGUGUGGAGCGUGCUCAAGGAUUAUUAUCCGGAGUUGAUCAGCCGGAUUGUUACUAGAGGAACAAUUUUCGCUCGUAUGGCUCCAGACCAAAAACAACAACUCGUCCAAGAACUACAAGGCUUAGGCUACUGCGUGGCUAUGUGCGGAGACGGCGCCAACGAUUGCGGGGCCCUUCGAGCCGCCCACACGGGCAUCUCUCUAUCGGAAGCCGAAUCUUCAGUAGCUUCACCUUUCACCUCCCGCAACCCCAACAUAACCUGCGUGCUCAAAGUCAUCAAAGAGGGCCGAGCGGCUCUCGUCACCAGUUUCGGCAUCUUCAAAUACAUGGCGGCUUAUUCGUUGUGUCAGUUCAUUUCGGUAUUGCUGUUAUACAGCAUCGAAUCGAAUUUGACCGAUAUGGAAUUCUUGUACAUCGAUUUAGCUAUAAUAUCGGUGUUCGCAUUUUUCUUUGGUCGUACCGAGUCCUAUCCAGGCAAGUUGGUUAAAGAGACGCCGUUGAGCAGCUUGGUUAGCGUCAGUCCGAUCUUUAGUCUCCUGUUCCAGAUCGCGUUGGUAUUGAUGUUCCAGGUUACCGCGUUUGAACAUCUAAAAAGUGAACCUUGGUAUGUUCCUUUAAACGCUACACACAAUGACGAAAACGUAGCUUGCGUCGAAAAUUACACCAUCUACACCAUAUCCAGCUUCCAAUACAUCAUCCUGGCUAUCGUCUUCUCCAAAGGUUACCCAUAUAGGAAAAGCAUUUUCUCCAACUCAGGAUUCAUCAUCAGCGCUAUCAUCAUGACGGGAAUCUCGAUAUACCUCGCUCUUUACCCCGCUCAAUUUUUAAUCAGAAAUUUCGAGUUGGUACUACCGGACGACUUCAAUUUUAGGUUGUAUUUGCUCUUUUACGCGUUCGCUAACUUCAUAAUAAGCAUGCUCGUCGAGUAUUUCAUCAUCGAGAAGAUAUUCUUCAAGAAACUUCGCUUCAAGUUCCACAACGUCGAUAAAUCCAAGCGGAAAUAUUUGGCUGUCGAGCGCGAUAUUAACGCCGAUAGAAAAUGGCCGGUACUAACGUCAGAUUUCAAAUCGGCCACCAGUCCUAUGAGUCCGCAACCCGAUUGCAAAGCCGAAAUCGUGGUAGAAAGAGAGAAUAGGUUCGAUAAAAACCACGUACUCAAUAAAUUGUACGACGCUCCGAACGUCGUUCAACCGCAACACAAGAGCUUGCCCAAUACUCCAGCUAAACUGACGCUUAACCUCAAUUUUAGCUCGCCUAAACACCCCAUCAAUGGAUACUUCAGCCAGGAUGAUUUGUUUUCGAGUUUGCCAUCCGAUAACCAACCGAGUUUAAGCAGUGACACUUUCAAAAGCCUCAGCAACAAUACCAACUACGACCCCGCUAGUUCUAAUCUCAAUAUUCCAGAGUUACCGUUCGAUGGCACCAAUACUUUCGCGAUACAUACGUCAAACGUCAUGAACAGUCAAAAUUCGACGUCAAACGUCAGUACGCCCGUCAGAUCGGUGAAUAUUGACAUUAACGGACGUGGUUCUGCGUCAAAAGUCAACACUCCCGUCAGAUCGGUGAAUAUUGACAUUAACGGUCACGGGUCUGUGUCAAAUGCCAACACUCCCAUCAGAUCGUUGAAUGUUGACAUUAACGGUCACAAUGACGUCAAUAAAUUGACGUUUAAUCCGUCAAAAGUUGACGUAAGCUACCAUAAUGUUGAGAUUGUGAAUGAGCUCGCGGCUACGCCCGAGGUACUGUCUAGUUCUUUUGAACAGGACAAAAAUCUGUCUACAUUUAAUUCGUUCGGCACUAGCCCUCCUCAGAAUGUUGACGGAGCUAAGCAUUUAGAAAUGAACACUUUGGAUACGAAUAGGUGAGAUAAGGGGCAUGUCGUAGGUAUUUUGUUAAAAUUUUUGAUCGUAAGGUGAUAUCCGGUGUUUUUUUUUGUUAUUAAUGAUAUGAUGUUGUUAAUAAGCAUUUUUACAGUAUUAUUUUUCGAGUCUGGUGACUUUUUAAGAUCGGAUUUUUCAAUACAGGUAUUGACGUUAAUAUUACAGUCAAUCCGAAAGUAAUAGGUAGUAACGGAAUGUGUGAAGAACGCUGUCAUUUGUCAUUCCGCCAAACUUCGUUCGAGAUUUCAGAGGUUACGGACAAGCGGAAUAUUCAGUGCCUGAUAUAUAUUGAGUAUUUCAUAUGACAUCUCUGUAAUCAUUCUUCACAAAUUCCUGAUAUUAUUUUCGAAUUCCCCUAUAAUUGCGGUUUGUGCCUUUCUGUACUGCAAAUUUAAGUUUGUGGGGAAUUUUGUUUUGGAAAAUCGGACUAUAAGAUCAAAAUUCAUUUUAUUCAAUUUCUAAUUUUAUAGGCAUAACAGUUCUUCCUAAUAUUAAAUUAUUAAUCAUUGCCAUUAUACAUCAGUGCGACUGUAAAUAUCCGGUUUCUUAAUCCAAAGUUAAUUUCUAUUGCUUAUUGAAAAUAUCUUGAUUUCAUGACAGUCAGCCGUCAGGUGUUUGCUAUUACAUUGACAGCUGUCUUCUUUCAAGUUAGUACUGUUACAACUGCCGACGGUACUAAGACAAAAGAUCUUCCAUAUAAAUUUCAGGCGAUAUUUUAAGCUCGUCUCGUUUAUUCAGAAUUUUUUUCGUUGUACUUUAACAAUCAGUACUUAAAAUUUUCGUAGUCUUCCAAUAACGAAGUUUUUCAAAAGUACUUAACUUUUACAACGUUGCAAAUAUCUUAAUGUCGAACGGUUGUACGACGCACAUAGGGGAACUUUGCUCAGCGAUAUAUUGACAUAUCAGUUUGUUGUCUCCGUGUUUACUUUUAGGCAUACUUAAUGUUUAUAAUAAUAAUAAUAUAAAAAAAUCGAUCACCGAGAAUACUGGUACAAUUUAAAAAUCAUCAAUUCUGACAUUAUUGCACCAUCAUUAAAAAGGUAAAUUCUGUAUACAGAAACAAUGACACUUUUCAAGUUUCAGCCUGUUAAAUCAAUUUUCAAACUUUAUUAUCUCGAAUUGAAGUUUUUUGAGUUGCGUCGGUAUUCUUGCAAAAGAGCUAAAUAUAUCAAGUUUGUCCGAAUCACUAGUAAUCUUUGACAAAGAUUUAGCAGUCUUAUAUAUCUAAUCUCUUUUAAUUUUGAGGCAAAGUUCUCCUAUUCGCAAUCUCUUUAAAUAUGUCAAUUCUCACAUGUCAAAUUGACGUAUAAGUAGUAAACAAACGUUAUAAAGCAUUUAAGAUAUUUGUUCAAACAGCUUAUUAGUAUUGUAAUUUUUUUUGCAGUAAUUUAGAAUGAACUAAAAUGUGACAUUAUAUUUUGUCACUAAAAUAAUCGUCAUUGUUAAUUAUGCCAUCAAGAGUGCUAAUAAAUUUUCUCUCAUUCUAACGUGGAUUUAGGUGUCCAAAAAUGUCAAUUUUUGUUAUAAAAAAAUGCCAUUUUAUUGGCCCAAUUUGUAUUUCAUUGUAUUUUUUUUAUCAUGUAUCAUGUAAUUACUACUAAUAUUUUUGCAUAACUCUAAAGUAUUUUAACUUUUUCUAUUUAAUUGUAAUAAAUAUACUUAACAUUGUAAAAAUAGAAUGAUAAAAGCCUAUCAAUUUUAAUAUUCGAUUCAAUAGGAUCUUGACUUGAUGAGCACUAGAUUAAGUGAUAAAAAUUAGUGAUUAAUGAGUUAGAAUGUGGAUCUAUUAUCUAGUGAGGAUUAAAACAUUUUUUUUUUUCGUAAUUUAUUGUCAGACAAGUUGAUAUCCCAAAAUUUCGUAGAAAAUGUCAACAUUGGCUUACAGAAACUUAUUUGUGGUUAAUUAUGGCUGUUUUUUAUUGCCAGUACCAGCGGUAUGACAUUUGUUUAAACUGAAUAUGUCACCUUCAAAUAUUCUGUCAUCUGUCAAACAUUUUCAACGCACUUUUGCGCUGGCCUACUAAUGUAUUGGCAAUUUUAUAUGUUUACAGAGAAUAAUUUUGUUUUAAUUUUUUUGCAUUGUUUUUAUCACUCACAUGUUUUUAGAUUAAUUUAAGAUAAAAUUACGCUGCCUACUAGUUUCAAUUUUUUUUUGUUACUUAGACAAUUUUUUUACGUAAUAUUGUGUACUUGUAUAAUUGCAACGGUAGUUACCGAUUGUCUUUUCUAUAAUAGUACUUACAUUUUUAUAGGGAAAUUGAUUGAAUUUACACAAUUUAUAUACAUAAUGCUAUUGUUUUACACAUUUAUUACAGAAAAUAUUUAUUGAAUUAAAACAUUAAACGGAUCCUUGUCUUUUAUUUCCAUAUUAUUAAUGAAAAAAUCUGCAGGCCUUAAAUCUGUAGAAUGUGGUUUGAAAAAAAUGUCAACAAUGGCUAGCAAAAAUUUGAUUGUGGUUAAUUAGUGUGAUUUUUUCAUUACUUGUUAAAUCUCAUCUGUCAAAUCGUUUUUAUUAAGACUAUUGAGAUUAAAGAAGAGAACUGUUCAGUGUUUUAAAUACUUUUCAUAAAAUGCAAUUAAACGUAAGCUCGUCUGAUAUAGAAUGUGCUUAUAGGAUUGGAAAAGUUGUUAUCGGUAAAACAAGACCUAUAUUGGUAAAAUUCUAUAACGCAUUUACAAGAAAUACGGUAUACUCCAAUAAGAAGUUGUUGAUAUCUACAAAAAUUAAUAUAAGAGAAGAUCUUACUCCUGAGCAAUCAAGACUAUUAAAGAUGGCGAUAACAAAAAUUGGUAAAAAUGGGAAAACCUGGUACAAUUUUCAUCAAGCUGGAAGGAGCUGAAAAUGUAUACAAAAUUCUUUCAAGUGAAGAUCUUGAAAUUGUGAACUAUUUAUUUAGUUCUCAUUUAGCAAAAUGUUAUUUUUCUUAUUCGGUGUCCUUUCUUCUUUAGGUUGUUUAGAAAAUGAUUAUUUUUCUAAAUUAUACUAUUUUUUGGUAUUAAAUAGGUUUAGCAGCAUCUAAUGUGUGCAGUUGAAUCGUACCCAAUUUCACUUCUGGUAAGCGAUUUUAUUUUUAUUGUUAAUCUUAUCAGUAGUCAAGUUUUUGUUAUAC